AUGAGCUCCCUGCCAGCAGACAUGGAGAAUGCUCUCACCGGGAGCCAGAGCUCUCGCGCUUCUCUGCGCGACGUCCAUUCCAUCAACCCUACACAGCUCAUGGCCAGGAUUGAGUCCUAUGAAGGAAGGGAAAAGAAAGGAAUAUCUGAUGUCAGGAGGACUUUCUGUUUGUUUGUCACCUUUGACCUCUUAUUUGUAACAUUACUGUGGAUAAUAGAGUUAAAUGUGAAUGGAGGCAUUGAGAACACGUUAGAGAAGGAAGUGGUGCAAUAUGAUUUCUACUCUUCUUAUUUUGAUAUAUUUCUUUUGGCAGUUUUUCGGUUCAAAGUGUUAAUACUCGCCUACGCUGUUUGCAGACUGCGCCAUUGGUGGGCAAUAGCAUUGACGACAGCAGUGACCAGUGCCUUUUUACUAGCAAAAGUUAUCCUCUCAAAGCUCUUCUCUCAAGGGGCUUUUGGUUAUGUGCUGCCCAUCAUUUCAUUCAUCCUUGCCUGGAUCGAGACGUGGUUUCUGGACUUCAAAGUGUUACCUCAAGAGGCAGAAGAAGAAAACAGACUCCUGAUAGUUCAGGAUGCUUCCGAGAGGGCGGCCCUUAUCCCCGGGUGUCUUUCCGAUGGCCAGUUCUAUUCUCCCCCCGAAUCAGAAGCAGGAUCUGAAGAAGCUGAAGAAAAGCAGGACAGUGAAAAGCCACUUUUAGAGCUCUGA